GUUGUUUCAUAACGUCUUGUUCAUAGAAACAUUAAAGCGAAUCUAGCGAGGUUUUAAGUAACCUCCGGUUUUUGUGAUUUAAGAUUAUUUUUUUAUUGACGUGGAAAUCUCAUCACCGGGGAAAGAUGACGUAUGCAAAAAUCGGUUACGGUGGAAGUUAUCUAGUGAAACGCGGCGUAUUGGAGCAUCCGUGUGGAUCCGAUCAUAAUGCGAGAUUGCUUUCAUCGUCGUUCCCGAUCAAUCAAGGCGGGAAUAGGCGAUCUAGCCUUGGAACGAUCACGGCGUCGAUAGCGGAGACCGUAACGGAGAUAGAGAAACAGAGAUGUGGAAGAAGAAGCGGAGGGAGAAGCAGAGGAGGUGGAGGAGAUAGUAGAGCCGUGGAGGCGGAGCGUGAGAAGCUAGACAGGUGGAUGAAGGAAUCGGUGACGGAGAUCGUUAAGAAUUUAAGUGAAGCGCCGUUGUUAGUCCAUUUGUACACCGGAGAAAAGGAGGAGGGAACGGUGGUUGUGAUGAAAGCGGAGGAAUGGGCGGCGGUGAAAGGGAGAUGGGAGAGAGGAGAGGCGGAGAUGCCGGAGGGGAUUGUAUUUGUGGAGCAGUUAGGAGCGGCGGAGGAGAGUUGUGGCUGUGGUUUUGACGGUGGCGACGGCACACGUGCGUGGGGGUUGGUGGUACAAGGGAAAGGAGUUGAGUGUGGGCCGGUUUGUUAUCUGCUUAAGACGACCCGUGUCGGGUCAGUGUCAGGGUCAGGAUCCGGGUCGGGUUUGGGUAUGCGGUGUACGCAUUUCUGUUUAGCUAAGGUGUCGAGUUUUAGAGAGACUAGUGAAUCUCAGCUUAAGAAUUGUUGGCUUGUGGGAAAUUGAUAAUGAAGCCUUUUGUAUAAUCUUGUAAAUAAAUAUUUGACCAAAUU